AUGACAUUUCUGCAGAGACUGGCGAAUUUCUUAUUUGUAACUGCCGAAUAUAUCUAUCCGUUGGGAAUUCCAAGUCGAAUAAACUUUUGUAGGUGUAAAAGAAGUGAAGUUUCUGAGAGAGAAACAUUUCAGGCUUUACACCGCGUGUGUGACCGAUAUCUUUUUGAUGAAGAUCUUUUCUUGAAAUUGAAAUCAUUUAAUGCCUCUCUUGCGAUCAUCGAUGCAAACUUUAUGAGCAACUGUCUGGUUGUUUUUGCAUACAAACUCCGCAUUCCUUUUAUAGUGUUCGGGAUUCACAAUCAUGUCAAUAUCCACCGGACGCCGUGGGCGUUUUCUGUUUUCCGUCACAUGCUUUCACUUCAACCGAAAGGGACACCUUUCUUCCAGAGAAUUUCCAAUACCUUAGCUAACGUGCGAGACUAUUUACGACCAGCGAUUGGCUCACCUGGCAGAAGCAUCAAAGACUACGUUCCAGGACGUCCGGAUAUUCCUUUCGAGGAUCUUUUUCGCCAAGCCGAACUGUUUAUUGUUGAUUCUGACGUAUUCUUAGACCCGGCUUUACCAGCACUUCCAAAUGUCAAAUACAUUGGAGGAAUGGCUUCACAGCCAGCUGAACCCCUUCAAGGAAACAUCCUAGAUUUCAUCAACGCUUCCAAAAACGGAGUCAUCGUUGUAUCUCCAGGAAGUCUCAUCAGUUGGGAAAUCCAUGCAAGAAAAAUGGAAGAAGCAUUCAGUAAGAUUAAAUACGAUGUUGUCUGGAAGCAUUCAAAUUCUUCUUAUUCCCGCCCGAAUGUUCUAUUAACAAAAUGGCUGCCCCAGAAUGACCUUCUUGGCCAUCCAAAUACCAAAUUGUUUAUCACUCAUUGUGGCAACAGUGGUCAGUAUGAAAGCCUCUACCACGCUGUUCCCAUGAUUGGCUUUCCUGUUUUUGCUGACCAACCUUUUAAUGGCUAUCGGAUGCAGAUAAAAGGUUAUGGAAUAUCGAUGGACAUGUAUACGUACACGGUGGACGAGCUAGUAAAAAAUAUCAAAGAAGUUAUUGAAAAUCCCAGAUACAAGAAAAACAUUGCAAAAGCUAGCAUGAUAUUUCGAUCUCAGAAAGAACGUCCGGCAGAAAAAGCAGCCCGCCAUAUUGACGAGAUUAUGAAAUAUGGAGGCGACCAUUUGAGAUCAGAAUGCCAACAUAUUCCAUUAUAUCAAUUUUUAAUGUUAGACAUCUGGGCUGUUCUUUUGUCGGCUACUUUUCUAUUUGUUUUAGUGGUGAGACGAAGAAAGAAAAGCCCAGUUCGCUUUGGUUAUGGUUGA